AUGGCGAUACAUAAUGGUGUUAAUGGCCAUACCAAUGGCAACGGCAAUGUUUCUACCAAGUCUACUCUAUCACAUCUCUUUGACGAAAACAUUGUCGCCAAGAUUUUGUACGUUGCUGAGACAAGCUUGAUAAACAAUAAUCCACCCCUAGCAUAUCCGGAAUAUGUUAGCCAAACUGAACCAGAAGGAAAAUACGUUCUUCGAGAAAAGUUGUUUUGGACAUGUGGUUUCUUCCCAGGCUCUAUAUACUCUCUGAUCGAGCGUCUUAUCAAGUUUCCUCAUGUGGCACCAGGAGGCGAGAAAAAGCAGCAGCUUCUACAACAACUAAUCACCGCUGGGCGGGCCUGGUCUGAUCCACUACACGAAUAUGCCAAAAGAACAGAUACACAUGAUAUGUCCUUCAUGAUACAACCGUCUAUGAGAGUGCGAUGGGAGGUCUUGCAUGAUCCCGAUGCCCUCGACUCUGUUAUCACGGCGGCAAGAUCACUUUACUCCAGAUACAACUCUAACGUUGGCGCUAUUCGCUCUUGGGACGUCCUGUCACAGAAUGGCGUUGAUAUCUCAAGCAUGACAGAAGACUUUCUGGUCAUCAUUGACUCAAUGUGCAACCUGGACUUGCUGUACUACGCAGCGGCACAAACCGGUGAGGUCGAGAUGGCUCAAGCUGCGACAGCCCACGCCAAAUCUUUGAUGAAAGCUCUUUUACGACCUGAAACCGACGAGUCAGUUGGCAGAUCCAUGUACAGCACGUUCCAUGUUGUCAACUUUGAUCCAAACAAUGGGACUAUCAAAGAAAAGAGAACUGGCCAGGGUUACGCCGCAGACUCAACUUGGGCUCGUGGACAAGCCUGGGGGAUCCUCGGAUACUCGCAAACAUACAACUGGACCAAGGACCCGGAGUUCCUUGAAGCAGCUAUGGGGCUUGCCGAAUAUUUCAUCUUCAGGCUGCUCAACUCUCCAGAUUGCGUUGAGUUUCCCGUGCCAGGAGAGAACCGGACCAAAGGCAGAUAUGUCCCGCUAUGGGACUUUGAUGCUCCGAUUGAUACCUCUUCUCCGUUAAGAGACUCGUCAGCGGGUAUCAUUGCGGCAAACGGCAUGCUGGUGCUGUCUCAAGCUUUGGCUGGAAGUGGAUCUCCUGAACUCAGCGAAAGGUAUCGAUCCAUGGCCAUUCAAAUCGUCAAAGACACACUUGAAUUCUCACUAGCACAGGAGAAAUCCAAGGUUAUCCCAAGGUCUGAUGGAAACGGAUUCGAGGUUCAAGACUCAGAUCCAAACCUUCAUUUUGAGGCUAUCCUAAAGAACGCUACGGCCAAUCACAAUGCAAAGGACUAUAAGAGAUAUUGGGACCAUGGGCUAGUCUAUGCGGAUUACUAUUUGAUCGAAUUUGGAAAUAGGUUGUUAAAGACGGGUCUUGUAUAG